GCCGGAAGAGGCACUACGUGCAGCCCGCGACAGCCUGCAAAGCUUGAGAGAGCUUGAAACCGAGCCAGGAGUGACGUCAUCACAGGAUGGCAUUGUGGCGAGGCCGUUCGAGCACAUCGUCCAAGAGGUGCAGGCCCUCCUCUAUUGCGGUAAGGCACAGGUGGCUUUGCAAAGAGGAGUCGAGACUGCCCGGAAGUUUUUGGAAGACGCCUUGAACCUUCUUGAAGGACUUCGAGGCUCGGUUCGCCAAGGUGAAAGGCUCCCGGUGGCCGCGGAGGAUCUAGAGUCAGAAGUCACUCUUGUCCUGGUAGAAACGGAGAUGGGUGAGCCAGCCAAAGCUGCUGAGAGGGCAGGAGAUGCUCGCAUGAGGUUCCAAAGGGAUGGGCGCAAGGACCUGGAAGCUGCCGCAUUGCAGCUCUUGGCCCGGGCUCACAUUGCUCAAAAAGAGCCGUCGGCGGGAAGAGAAGCAGCCAGAGAGGCAAUCCGUCUUCGGCAGGAGCUGAAUGACCCAAAAGGUGAGAAGGAAACGCUGCAGCUCCUUGUGAGUGCAGAGCUUCUUGGAAACACCGGUUCUGCGAUGCAGAUAGCAAAGCAGGCGGUCGAGCGCUUCAAAAAUGAAGGGGACAGCAGAAAUGAAGCCUUGGCACUGCAGACAGUUGCCAAAACUCACAUUGCCAACCAGGAGUUUCUCAGAGCCGCGCGUAUCUCCAAGGAUGCCCAAAGAAUCUUGGGUCAACUUGGGGACACGGACAGCGAGAUGGAGAUGCUGCAAACCGCC